AUGAGUAAUGAAAAAUGGGUGGGAACUUGGAGGCCUCAUCGUCCAAGAGGCCCAAUCCUGGCCCAAUUCACAAGCCCUGGGCCGAAAUACUACAUACAAGGAGCAACAGGUCAUGUAUCACACAUACCGACCAAAAGGAAAGCCCCAGCCUACAGUAUGCAUGGCUCAAGGCCUUCCCUCAGAAAAGACUGCUCGCCAGGUCCCUAUCCUGUGCAGGGCUCUAUGACAAAUAGAGGGAGAAAAUCGGCUCCAGCUUAUUCAAUGAGUAGUCGACCCAGGGUGAGAGUGGAGAUAACCCCAGGUCCCGCCUCUUACUCACCAGAGAAGUCUAACAGAAUUAUCUACAAAAACGUACCAGCACAUACCAUGUCAUUCAGGACUCAAGGUUCAAGAGUAGACAGUACACCUGGUCCCAACGCUUACAUGAUCCCGAGGGUAUUUGGACCCCACACAGUAUACAAGGCUUCUAGUCCUUCUUAUUCCAUGGUAGGAAAGACUAUGCGUGGGUGUUUUCAUGAAGACCUUCAUAAGACCCCUGGUCCUGCAGCUUAUCAUGAACCACAUACAGAGGUCUACAAAAAGAGAGCACCAAAAUAUUCUAUGGGUAUGAAAAAUGCAGCAUUACGAAGUGGGAAAAUACCUGGACCUGCAGACUAUGAAGUAGGAAAGGUAUGUAUGAUCAAAUCUUGUGCUCCAGUUGUCACCUUUGGGAUCAAACAUUCAGAUUAUACAACACCUAUGAUUGUGGAUGUCUGCUGA